GCCUCUGAGUCCCAUACGAUUUCUUACUAGUCCGCCUCUCUCUCUCUCUCUCUCUCCUCCAAAACCCUCAUUGUUUUUUUUCUAAAACCCUAACACCCCAAAAAAAAAUUGGGGUUUCUGAGAAAUUGGAGUUCCAAGAUGAUGAGCAUCGCUCUGCGGAGAUCGCAUUCUGUGGUUCCAAGGCAAGCUCUAGCUGCCAUCGACACCCUCUUACGCCACCACCACCAGUUCUCAAGCUUCACUGCUUCAUCCACCGACCAUGAAGUGCUUCGAAGCGCUUGCCAUGGUGUUGGUGAUAUUAGGUCCUUCUCCAUCUUCAGGGCACCGCAGCCGGAUAUUCCAUAUGGGUUUCAAACGAGGGAAUUCCAUGCGAAAUCUGGGACGUUGAAUUAUCGAGCAUCGGCGGUAUUGCAGGCUGAAUUCGCUAUGCACGAGUACUCUUCGUAUGAGGAGCCUGCCAAAGGGAGUGGUGACGAUGAAAACCUUGAGAUCGCGAGGCUUGGGAUUUCGGAAGAGAUUGUCUCAGCUUUGGCUAAGAGGGGGAUUACUAAACUGUUUCCAAUACAGAGAGCUGUGCUGGAACCGGCAAUGCAGGGGCGUGAUAUGAUUGGUAGAGCUAGAACUGGAACUGGGAAGACUCUUGCUUUUGGAAUUCCCGUUUUGGAUAAGAUUAUUCGGUUUAAUGCAAAACACGGGCGUGGAAGGAACCCAUUGGCCUUGGUUUUGGCUCCAACUAGAGAACUUGCACGGCAAGUUGAGAAGGAAUUCUAUGAAUCUGCUCCAAGCUUGGAUACAAUUUGUGUUUAUGGGGGUACACCCAUAUCUCGCCAGAUGAGGCAGCUUGACUAUGGUGUAGAUGUAGCUGUUGGCACGCCUGGUCGGAUUAUUGAUCUUCUCAACAGGGGUGCUCUAAAUUUAUCAGAAGUUCAGUUUGUUGUUAUUGAUGAAGCUGAUCAGAUGCUUCAAGUGGGGUUUCAGGAGGAUGUGGAGAGAAUCUUAGAGAAAUUGCCACAAAAACGUCAGAGCAUGAUGUUCUCUGCAACAAUGCCUUCCUGGAUUAGAAAGCUAACACAAAAUUAUUUAAAAGAUCCUUUAAGUAUCGAUCUUGUUGGAGAUUCUGACCAGAAAUUGGCAGAUGGCAUUUCUUUGUAUUCGAUUGCGACAGAGAUGUAUGGAAAAGCAUCAAUUGUUGGACCACUAAUAACAGAACAUGCAAAAGGAGGCAAAUGCAUUGUAUUCACUCAAACAAAACGGGAUGCUGAUAGAUUGGCAUAUGCCAUGGCAAGAAACUUUAGAUGUGAGGCUUUGCAUGGUGAUAUCUCUCAAGCUCAGAGAGAAAGAACACUUGCAGGCUUCCGAGAUGGGAAUUUCAAUAUAUUAGUUGCAACUGAUGUUGCUUCUCGUGGACUUGACAUACCAAAUGUUGAUCUUGUAAUACAUUAUGAGCUUCCAAACAAUUCCGAAAUAUUUGUUCAUCGUUCUGGCCGAACAGGUCGUGCUGGGAAAAAAGGAAGUGCCAUUCUUAUCUACACACAGGACCAAUCCAGAGCUGUUAGGGUUAUUGAGCGAGAUGUAGGAUGCAGAUUUACAGAGCUUCCUCGUAUUGCUGUUGAAGGUGGAGACAGAGACAUGUUUGGUGAUAUAGGUGGUGGUGGACGAUUUGGCUCAUCUGGAGGCAUGAGGGAUCGUCGAGAUAGUUUUGGCCGUUUUGGUGGUCCAGGGGGUGGAGGGUUUGGUCGUCCUGGAUUUGGCCGUUCCAAUGGUUAUGGUGGACCUAGCACAAACUGUGGUGGAAACGUUGGUGGUUCUGGAUUUAGUCGUUCUGGUGGUUUUGGGGAGUUUGGGGGUUCAGGGCGUUCAAGCCAAAGCAGCGGUGGUGGUUUUGGAGAUUUUGGGGGUUCAGGUCGUUCAAGCCAAAGCGGUGGUGGUUUUGGCGAUUCUCGAUCCAGUCGUUUUGGUAGCUUUGGCAGCUUUGGUGAUGACAAAGACAAAAACAGUGGAAGAAAACCUUUUUGAUUUUAUUGAAUUGCAACUAAAAAGCAACUAAAAAGCACGAGACAGUUUGCUUUGAUACUUAGGAAUUAUGGAGGGCUGUGGCGCCGAGGGAUUUUGAACCUGCCAAAAGUCAUAACAUUUCUAGUUAAUUCUAGAUGUAAAAGUCUUUUGAGAAAUCUUUAUGUUGAUAUUAAAUUUAUAAUAUAUAAUUUGUUCCUGUGUAACCUAUCAAUUUUAGAUAUUGAGAAGAAGGUUCUCACAUGUAAUACAGUUUUUAGUAAUUUGUUUUUUUGGCCUC